AUGACACAUGGAAAUGCCUCCUUGGUGACAGAGUUUAUCCUCGAGGGUUUGACUGACCGGCCAGAACUUCAACUCCCCCUCUUCUUCCUAUUCCUAGGGGUCUAUCUGGUUACAGUGGUGGCCAAUUGGGGCUUGAUUACAUUAAUUUCACUAAACUCACACCUUCACACACCCAUGCAUUAUUUCCUGUUUAAUCUGUCUUUCAUAGAUAUCUGUUACUCUUCUGUCUUUACCCCCAAAAUGCUCAUGAAUUUUGUAUUGGAGAAAAACACCAUCUCCUAUACAGGGUGCCUGACUCAGCUCUACUUCUUCUGUUUCUUUGUCAUUGCUGAAUGUUAUAUAUUGACAGCAAUGGCAUAUGAUCGCUAUGUUGCCAUUUGCAAGCCACUGCUAUAUAAUGUUAUAUUGUCUCCUCGGAUCUGUACUUUGUUUGUGUUUGGGGCAUAUGUGAUGGGAUGUUGGGGUUCCCUAGCCCACACUCUGUGUAUGGCAAGACUGACCUUCUGUGAUGUCAACAUUGUCAACCAUUAUCUGUGUGAUAUACUCCCAGUGCUGCAGCUUUCCUGCACCAGCACCUACAGCAAUGAGGUUGUGGUCUUUGCUCUGGUUGGCAUGAACAUUCUGGUGUCUACCAGCACCACGUUCAUCUCCUAUGCUUUCAUCAUCUCCAGCAUCUUCCGCAUUAGCUCCACGGAGGGCAGGGCUAAAGCCUUCAGCACCUGCAGCUUCCACUUAAUGACUGUUUCACUUUUCUUUGGGGCAGCAGCAUUCAUGUAUCUCCAACCUUCUGAUGCAGAGUCUAUGGACCAGGGCAAAGUGGCUUCAGUCUUUUAUACAAAUGUUGGGCCCAUGCUGAACCCCUUGAUCUACAGCUUGAGGAAUAAGGAUGUCAAACUUGCUCUGAAGAAAACUUUAAGAUGA